AUGUCUCCAACGGCAUCCUCGCAGGCCAAGUCGAUCCAUUUGCUGCGUGCUCUCCUGCGCGAAGCCACGUACCUGCCCGAUGCCGUCGCCCGCCAGUACUUCGCCCGAUACAUCCUGAACCGCUUCAGAGCGUACCAACCCAGCGAAAAUGCAACGGCUUCAAUGGACAUCGAGGCCGUGGGAAAGUACCGCCACCGCAGCUUCAAACGCCGCCAGCUGAGCAUCAUCGCUGAGCGCACCACCAAAGUGCAGAAAAAGGCCCAGAAAGGCUUGCACUACCUGCGCCGUGCCAACCAAGGCGAAAUACCCUGUCUGCAGAAGGUGCUGUUCUUCGCCUACGGCCGCAUAGGGAGGCGGAAAUAUGCGCUUCUGGGUGAUGUGUUGAAGCCUGACCCCAUCACGGACGGUGGUAGAAUGGUCAAACCAUCUGAUCUGCUAGAGCGUACACCGCUGCAGAAAAUGUACUACAGCAACAAAAAGUAUCUGCAGUACCUCGAUGCGCCGAAGGAGGCCAACGGCAUACGCCCAUGCACAACAUUUGGAUGCGUCCCCAUGCCCAUUGUGCGAGCGCGCAACAACGUCCGACGAUGGUAUGCCGAGACCAUGACGCGCUUUCUGCCACCAUUGCCGACCGAAGAAUGGGACAAGAUGCAAGCCAUGGUGGAGGGGUCUGAGAGGGUCAGUCUGGUCAAGCGAAGAGUGCCGGUUCGACCACUGCCAGAGGCUACGGAUUAUGAUGACAGUUUGCAUGCAGUCUUGCAGGGAAUGAGUCUGAGCAAACUGAGCAAGUCAGACAGACCGAAUGGCAUCUGGCGUCCGCACAACAUUACCCCCAAGUUCAUGCGCCGACUCUACUCGAGGAUCCUCCAACUGUGCUGCAAGGUUGAAUACAGUGCAGAGCGCAAGCAAUGGGUUGCCGUUUGGGGCCAGCCCAUUCACGCCAUCCGACCAGAAGUAUAUGAAGCUGCAACAGACCCGUCGCUGUUCUCUGGCGUCGAUGCGAAAGGAAGGCUACCACCUGCUCCCAAAGCGCAUGUGCUUAAAGCUGAGCCCGGACUCGACAUUCAGCCACGCAACGAAAAGGGCGAAUACAUACGCUUCCCCUUCUUCACUGAACAACUGCCCGAAGACAAUCCAAUGCGCAUGCAGCUCGAAGCUUGGAAGAAACAGCGCCUUGCCGCCGGCAUUAUUGACGAGAACGGUAACUUCCGCGGGCGGUGA